AUGAAUAUCUUAAAGAAAGCGCGUCCGCUACUCGCUGAGCAGCUCGCAAAAGCUCGGCAAGAGACUGAAGCUUCAGCAAAUACAUCCGCUUCCUCAGCUUCCUCACAGCGUCGGACGAAGGUAGAGAGAGACCGAGAGCUUCGAGAAAUGGUCGAUAAAGCGUGGAAGAUGAUGCUAAAGCGGUGGAUUCGUGUCGUCUACGCUGUCACUACGGAAGAGAGACAGGAGAGAUGGAAACAGCUUCAAGAAUGCUACAAAGAGCCGAUUUUUAUGCCUCUACUCGAGUAUCUACAGACUGAAUGGCUAGACGACUGCCCUGAGUAUUUCCUUCAUGAAUACACCUCCGAAUACCUUCAUCUCAAUGAGAUUUCGACCUCUCGGACUGAGGGAGCUCACUGGCUGCUUAAGCAGGACCUUCAAGUCUCGACCAAUGAUCUACUAGUUGUUCUUCGCACCUUUGAGAAUGCUAUAAAGCUUCAAUUCGAUAAGGUCACGGCUAAGAUCGAGAACGAGAAGGUAAGAAGGUCCACUAACCUCUGGCGUCUAUUCAAAUUGGUGGAUAGACGGGUUUCAUUGCAAGCAAUCAAGCUUACGAAGGCUGUCUACAACCAUUACCUACCGGAAGCAGAGGAUAAGCCGCCGAUUCCUCCACUUUGCCGCUGUAAUUCGAAGAAUACGGCAGGGUUUCCAUGCAUUCAUCUUAUUAUGCAGUACGAAGAAGAGGAGAAGAGCUUUGAGCCUGAGAUCCUCUCCAAGUGCGCCGGCGAGGGCGCCCCCGAGGCGCUAGGAAUUUCAUCGGCGGCGGCAGCGAAAGCACCCAAGCGAGCACCCAAGACCCUUCAACCCAGCGAGACCCCUCCGGCUUCGAGCUUAUGCUAUCUCAGGAAGGUGGACGGGGCCGUGGACGCGGCAGAGGACGAAGCUCAACAAGCUUCUCAGGAAGGUGGACGGGGCCGUGGACGAGGCCGUGGACGGGGACGUGGACGGGGCCGAGGACGUGGAAGAGGACGUGGAGGAAGUCAACAAGCCUCGCAGGGUGAUACCAUAGUGGGAAUAGCUUCACCUUCGACCCAGGAAGCUCAACAAGCUUCUCAGGAAGGUGGCCGUGGCCGUGGAGAGACCCAGCAGGCAUCGCCGCCAAGCAUGGCUACAUCUCAGGGGUCGGGAAUAGCUUCAUGGGCAUCUCAGGACGAGGAUUCCUAG